AUGCUGAAGCACCCACAUGUUGGUUUUAACACGGUAGACACAUUUGAAGGAGAGAUGAUAGAAAUAAAACACUGGGUGUUUUGGAGGGCUGUGGCUGCAGAAUUUGUCGGUAUGUUACUGUUCAUAUUUGUUGGUAUAUCUGCUAUCACUGGAAUAGAUGAGAAUAGUGAUAAGGGGGAGAUGGUUGCGCAGGAGCUGAAGGUCUCGCUUGCCUUUGCGCUGGCCAUCGCCACACUGGCCCAGAGUUUAGGGCACAUCAGUGGAGCGCACUUGAACCCUGCAGUCACUUUGGGCCUGCUGGUCAGCUGCCAGAUCAGCGCUGUCAGAUGUGUUUGCUACAUCCUGGCUCAGAUGCUUGGGGCCAUUGCAGCUAGUGCUAUUGUGAACGGAUCUAGACGCAGCAAAUCCCUUGGUGUUAACAAGCUAAAUGGAGUGACUGUAGGACAAGGCUUCAUCAUCGAGUUCCUUGCCACCCUUCAGCUGGUUCUGUGUGUGAUAGCAGUGACUGAUAAGAGACGGAGUGAUGUUAAAGGUACUGCACCGCUGGCUAUUGGGCUGUCAGUGGGGCUCGGGCACUUUGCAGCAAUAAGUUUCACUGGAUGUGGGAUCAAUCCUGCUCGCUCCUUUGGACCAGCCGUGAUACGUAGUGAAAUGGAGAACCACUGGGUGUACUGGCUGGGGCCCAUGUGUGGCGGCAUCGCAGCAGCUCUUAUCUAUGAUUUCCUUCUGUAUCCACGAGCACAAACCUUCAGUGUGCGGAGGCAUGUCCUGCUUUAUGGUCCAGAAGGUGAAAACCAUGCAGUUGAAAUACCUGAAGAAGGCAACAGCACCCCAGGGCCAAGUCAGUGGCCCAAACACUGAACACCAUGUACCAUGUUAGCUCUUGUCAACAAUGUGUCUGUCAGCAUGUCUAUAAACAACAUAUGAUUCACAGAUUUCCUUUGAAUGUGGCUUUCAAUUUUAUUUUCAUUUCUGCAGCAAGUGGCCUUGUAAUCAUAUCAUGUGUGUAUUUUUUAACCAGUGAAUAUAUUAUAAUAAAGAUGUGUUUUCAUUCAG